AUGACUGAUUCAUCCAAGUUUUGCAUUGCUCAAAACGCCUACAAUGCAUUCAAUCAAUACGUUGUUCAAUCACAAGGCCAACAUGUUGAUUAUCUUGUUCCAGUUGAAGUUGGAGCAUUGAAUUCUCUCAUGCCAAUGCUGGUUUCUGCUCAAACUGGAAUUCCAGUAAUUUUGUCUGAUUCCAUGGGAAGAGCUGUUCCAACACUCACAAUGACAUCAUACAGUGCUAAUGGAAUAUCCACAAAUCCUUCCAUCUUGUCAAAUGCCAACACCCCAGCUGAUUCAGUGGCCAUCUUAUUGGACAGUGCAAGUGCUGUUGAAGCUUUGGCUAGACCAAUCAUUUCAUCAAGUGAAUUCAACUCAGUUGCUGGAUUGGCAUUGUGGAAAAUGACAGGUCAACAAUGUAAGAAUUAUUCAGUUCCUGGAGGUAUUCCAAUUGCAUUGGCUGCUGGCUACAUGUCCAAACUAGCAUCCACUAGUGAAAAUCCACUUGCUACUUUGCAAGAAUCGCUCAAAUAUGGCAAAGUGGUUGUUGUUGGUUCAUUCAAGCAACAAAUUGUGACUUCUGGAGGUUUUGAUUUGGGAAGUGUUACUAUCAUUGACAAUACCAAUCCAAACAAUCAGGUGGUUGUUUACAAUCAGAACGAAAACUUGUUUGUCUACAGUUCACUUCAAUCUUCACCAUUAUUAACUGGACCUGAUGUGAUUGCAUACAUUAGAGUUAAGGAUGGCACCUUCUUGUCAAAUGCUGAUUUGCAAGAUUCAACUGUCAUUGGAGCUGAUGAAGAAAUUGCCUUAAUGUUACUUCCAGUCCAUUCUAUGAUUUUCAACAAUGAAACAAUUCGAGGUGUUGUCAAUCAAUUGAUGAAGCCAUUGGGCUAUGCUGGUCCAAUAGUUACCGUUUUCACAGAAGAAGAAAGAGCCGAGUAUUUCGCUUACAUGACUGAGUAUGGAAUGAAUUUGCUUGCUCAAAACUAG